AUGCUGGGGAUAUUAGGGGAAAACAAGCUUGUCCUAUGCUUUCGAAACAUCAGGUUUCCUGUUAAGAAAAACAGGGGCCUGAAACUCUCCUUGGGCAUGGGCUGCAUUUGCUCCAAAAUAGCAAAGGAUGAGAACGAGGUCAAGAAAAAGGAGAAAGCCUCCAAAGGAUCCUCGAAAAGCUCGGUCAGGAAGGAAGAUGUUGUUGUUGAGGCCGAUAGCAAAGGCAAUGAAGCUACCGCAAAGCUUAUAAAACAGAAAAUGCCGAGAAAAGCGUGGGGCCCACAGCCUCAGAUUUGUCGGGUAUUGAGCAUGAAGAAUGGGGUUGACGGGUCACAGGUAGUUGCGGGGUGGCCAUCUUGGUUGACUUCGGUGGCAGGGGAAGCCAUUAAAGGAUGGAUACCUCGAAAGGCGGAUUCUUUCGAGAAAUUGGAUAAGAUUGGUCAGGGUACAUACAGCAGUGUGUAUAGAGCUCGUGACCUUGAAACUGGAAAAAUCGUCGCUUUGAAGAAGGUGCGGUUUGUGAACAUGGACCCAGAAAGUGUCCGUUUCAUGGCUAGGGAAAUCCUUAUCUUACGCAGGCUCGAUCACCCUAAUGUCAUGAAGCUUCAAGGUCUCGUCACUUCUAGGGUUUCGGGGAAUCUUUACCUUGUAUUCGAAUACAUGGAACACGAUCUUGCUGGACUUUCGGCUUCCCCACUAGUUCGCUUUACUGAAUCUCAGAUAAAGUGUUUCAUGCAACAGCUGCUUCGUGGGCUUGAACACUGUCAUAACCGUGGAGUCUUGCAUCGUGAUAUUAAGGGCUCAAAUCUUCUGAUUGACGGUCAUGGAAAUCUUAAGAUUGGUGAUUUCUGGCUGGCCACCUUUUUUCGGGCCAAUCAAAAGCAGGCCCUAACUAGUCGUGUUGUAACCUUGUGGUAUCGACCUCCCGAGCUUUUGCUUGGUUCUACAGACUAUGGCGUAGCUGUAGAUUUAUGGAGCUCGGAAUACUGGAAGAAAUCAAAGUUACUGCAUGCUACAAUCUUUAAGCCUCAGCAACCUUACAAGAGAUGUGUGGCUGAGACAUUUAAAGAUUUCCCUCCUUUGGCUUUAUCACUUCUUGAAUCUCUUCUUGCUUUUGAACCGGAGCUUAGAGGGUCAACAACUUCUGCACUUCACAGUGAGAGUGCGGCUGGUGGAAAGAGAGGCCGAGUCGAGUCAUCCAGAAAAGUCUCCAAAGCAAUCCCAGCACCUGAUGCUAAUGCUGAGCUGCCAGCUUCAGUACAGAAAAGGAAAGGGCAACCAAAUCCAAAGAGCAACAGCGAGAUUGACUCCUCAGGAUAUCGAGACUUAAAAACUCAGAGGUCUUUCAAGCCCCAGGGGACAGCUCUGCCCGAGGCAGCUCACAGCUUGAUUUCAGCCGAGAUUCGAGUGUUCAUGCAAACUUGCGAAAUCCAUAUGAACGGAUGGAAGAUGCUGGAGCAGUCGAAUAAUCUGCUGGGAAAAGCUGAGUCCACAUGCAAGAUCAAUGGGCAGGCGCCUAAUCUGAAGGAGGCUAAUAUGGUUUAUGCUUUCAAGAAGACAAGAAUGCACUAUUCUGGGCCAUUGCUGCCUCCUGGUGGAAGUGUGGAGGAGAUGCUUAAAGAGCAUGAAAAACAGAUUCAGUUAGCUGUUAGAAAAGCCCGUGACAAGAGUAAGAGCAGGCUAGGCCAGCUUGAUAAUGGACAUAUAGAUACACUCCUAGGAUAC